AUGUUGGAUGGUAAAGUAUUUCUCGACGAAGAUCCCGAGUUGUUUGCACAAAUUCUCCGUCACUUGCGCUUAGGCAGCCUGCUUGGUCAAGAAUUUCAGCCGCGCGUUCUAGCUGCGAAGCUUGGAGCCUGGCAACGGUUGACCGAGUAUUUUGGCCUUGGCUCGAUGAUGCAGACUUCAUCCUGGGACUCCGAGAUACUUUUGCCGGCUGACGAGCUUGCUUUGCUGCCCUGGCUUCCAAACAGCAACUUGAACCUUCUCUAUCGGGCUUCGCGGGAUGGCUUCGCUGCUCGCAGUUUUCACGAAAAGCGCGAUGGGCGCGGGCCAGCCUUGAUUGUCGCGCGCAGCCAGGGCGGUUUCGUCUUCGGAGGUUUCACGGAGACCCCUUGGGACUCGAACGGCAACCAAAGUCAAGUUUGUGCUCGGCCGCAGCUACCAGACAGCAGGCACGGGUGGCAGCUUCACAUUUCUGGCAGAAGGUGA